AUGGAGGCUCUCAGGAAGAGUAAUGUGACCUAUCAUUUCUUCGAUACUGAGAUCGGCCCAUUGCGUCAGAUAAAAGCUUUGAUUACUCCUGACCAUGUGGGUUUAUUCUGGGAUACUUAUGGCAACAUCUUGCCUAUGGAUUUCCAGUUGGCUCCUUUAUUGGAAGAGUAUGCUAUGAUCUUGGGUGUUCCUCUACAGCAUUGUGUCCUUUUCAACUCCGAUAUACCUCCUCCAGAGCAUAAGGAUAUUGCUAAGGCUCUUCAUCUGGAAGUGUUUGUUGUGAAGGAAAAUCUCUCUUCUAAGGGAGGUCUGUUUGGUUUUCAUCUAGAUUUUGUGAUAGACAAAGCCGAAGAGUGUGCUGCUCAAGGCAAUUGGGAGGUUGUGUAUGCUCUGUUAGCAUUAAGUGUCUAUGGUAUUAUGCUAUUCGCCGAUGAACCGAAGUUCGUGAGUAUGAGUGCUAUUCAUAUCUUUCUUUUAAAGAACCCGGUUCCCACCCUUCUUGGUGAUUUCUAUUUUUCGGUGCACAAUAAGAAUGAGAAGAGACGAGGGAGAUUGGUCAGAUGUUGCGCUCCAUUGUUCCAUAAGUGGCUCGUGGGGCACUUGCCAAAAGACGAUACUUUUCUGAAUCCGCAUCAAGCCAGGAAUUGGGCUAGAAGGUUGGUUGUCUUGACUGCUAAAGACAUCAGAUGGUGUAAUCAGAAUACCAAAGGUGGCGAUUUUGUGGUUAGCUGUGGGAAAUACCCUAAUGUACCAUUGUUGGGUAUGAAGGGUUGUAUCAACUAUAACCCAAUUCUUUUGAGAAGACAAUUAGGGUAUGCCUUGACUCGCGCUCCUAAGGAUCAAGAUCUGGUGGAAUCUUUCUACUUCCCUGUGCAAGAUAAUCUAGAACUGGUUAAGCAAGCUGCUGGAGCUUGGAGGAAUAUUCAGACUAAAGGUGCUACUGUCUAUGGAAAAUGUAACAACAUCUCUUCUUCUCAGUAUGAUAGUUGGUUGUGA